GGAGGGCCCGAUCCUGAGAUCGCAAAGACGGCCUCAUACGAUUAUGAAAACCAGGAUAUUACUGCUAUCAAGGAAGGAACUUCGAAUGACCUUCCCGGAGAGCAGCUCCAGCGUGGUCUGCACUCGCGACAGGUUUCUAUGAUUGCCAUUGGCGGUGCACUUGGUACUGGACUGAUCAUCGGAACCGGCAAAGCUCUUGCUCAAGCUGGUCCCGGAUCUAUCUUGAUCGCAUACAGUUUCGUUGGUCUUCUCGUCUGGAUUGUCAUGGCUGCCGUCGGUGAGAUGGCUGCUUGGAUCCCUGUUGCUGGCGGUUUCUCACCCUUCGCUACGCGCUUCUGCGACCCUGCUCUUGGUUUUGCUCUCGGAUGGACUUAUUGGUUCAAAUACAUCAUUGUCACGCCUAAUCAGUUGACGGCUGCGGCGUUAGUCAUAUCGUACUGGGUCGACGCGGACAAAGUCAAUCCUGGUGUCUGGAUCACGAUUUUCUUGAUCGCGAUUGUCGCCAUCAACUACCUGGGUAUCCGUUUCUUUGGAGAAUUUGAGUUUUGGCUCUCUUCGAUCAAGGUUCUCGUGGUCUGCGGCAUGAUUAUCCUCUCUCUUGUCCUCGCACUUGGAGGUGGCCCUGAUGGCGAUAGAAAAGGCUUCCGCUACUGGAACAAUCCUGUGAGUACCUCGGAUUAUUUUUGCAGGGGACGGGCACUAACAGAAUAUUGUAGGNGAGCUUUCAAAGAGUACAAAGGCGAGGGCGCAGCUGGCCGCUUCUAUGGACUGUGGAGCUCAAUGGUCACCGCUGUGUUUGCCUACCUUGGAACCGAGUUGGUUGGUGUAACCGUCGGCGAAGCUGAGAAUCCUCGCAAGACCAUUCCCAGAGUGAGAGAGAUCCGAUGCAUACUCUGGAAGACACCAUUGACCUUCUUCCGUAUCGUCUUCUUCUACAUCCUGUCGGUCCUCCUCGUCGGCAUGAUCGUGCCUUACAACAGUGACAAGCUCGCUUUUGCCACCAAGCAGUCGAACUCUGCUGCUGCAUCGCCUUUCGUUGUCGCUAUCCAGCUUGCUGGCAUCAAAGGGCUCCCCGGCUUCUUGAACGCUUGCAUCCUGAUCUUUGUCUUUAGUGCUUGUAACUCUGAUCUUUACAUCGCCAGUCGUACUCUCCACGGUCUUGCUCUCCGUGGUCAAGCACCCAAAAUCCUGGCCAAGACCGACAAGCGUGGUGUCCCUUACUACUCUCUCGGCCUCUCGACUUGCUUCUGUCUGUUGGCAUACAUGAACGUCUCAUCCAGCAGCAAGGAGAUUUUCGGCUACUUUGUCAACUUGACCACCAUCUUCGGUCUGCUGACCUGGAUUUCCAUCCUCGUCACCCACAUUUACUUCCGUCGCGCUUGCAAGGCUCAAGGCGUUACCCCCAAGCAGCUGCCCUACGCCGCGCCCCUCGGUAUCUGGGGGUCCUACUUCUCUCUCUUCUGGUGCUGUCUCAUCGCCCUGACCAAGAACUUCUCCGUCUUCACCCACAACAAGAAGUAUGGCAACUUUGACUACAAGAACUUCAUCACCGGAUACUUGGGUAUUCCUCUGUACUUGAUCCUUAUCUUUGGAUACAAGUUCAUCAAGAAGAGCAAGGGUGUUAAGCCUCUUGAGGCUGAUCUGUUCACUGGCAAGGAUGUCUUUGAUCGUGAUGAAGAGUACUGGAAGGCUGUUGAGCAUGAGAAGGAUGCCAAGCGUGAUGGAAGCUGGUUCUACAGAACCUUCCUGUCUUGGCUGUUCUAG